UUCAAAUAUUAGUGUAGAUAAAUUAAAAAAAAAACAACAAAGUAUGCAACGUUGCUUUAAAGUACAUAGUCUUCAAUUCCAUUGAAAUCUGAGAGGGUGCUGCCAACCCCAAAAUCUAGUUUGCGGGAAAUUCGUCAUGCACUCUAAAAAAACACGCAACCAAAAAUGUUCAAAGUGCCGUAACUUUUUUGUACAUUUUUUACCACUAUAAAAAUUUUACAGAUGAUAGCUAACAGAAUGAACUUUAUUCUCACAAAAAAACACAAAGGUAAAAAAUAACUUUUUGAGAUAUUUAAUUUUUAGUAACAAAAUUCAGUUUUUUCAGAAGAAAAACUAAAUAAAUUUUUCAAUGUGUAUUUUUCUGAGAGCCGCCAUAUAUUAUUCUACAACUUUGCUUAAGACACCUUCCCGAUCGAACAAGCGGUUUCCGUGUUAUAAUUUUUUAUUUGCUUGUGUUCCAUUUUUUCAUAGGCCCUAUUUGAAAGUUAGUCGAUACCAAAUAUAAACUUUUGAUAUGAAAAAAUGGUUUCUCACAUGAAAAGGAAUAGUAUACAAAAAUAUCAAGUAAAUUAAAAACAUCGAUUAAAAUGGAUCCGUGCUAGUCCGUGGAAAGCCUCAACUACGUUGACACACGUACAAUCUUGAGCUGAUGUCUACCUCUGUUGGAGCGUACGUUAUGUUUAUGGGUAGGUAAAUAUGAUGGUUAACUACCUGUGGAUGGAGGAUAUGAGUUUUUUUGCCACUAUUGUUGGAAUAAUUCCCAAAAGUUGGAGGUGGAACCACUUCAGAAAUUUCAGAAAAAAAUUGUUAGAGAAAGUCCCAUUGGAAGUGCCUAGUAAAGCUCCAAUAUAUUUUCCCAAAGAGUUUACAAAGAAAACGCCAGUUUUUUUUUUUUCAAAUUAAAAAUAAACAAAAUUUGUUGCAUAAAAACCUAUGGAAGCUAUUCAGCCAAAGGUUAUUUCAAGGACAUUGCCAAAAAAACAGAAUUUUCGCAUCAAUUCUCAACGGAAACGUUGGAAAAAAAUUCUUAAGAAGUUUCCAAAACAGUUGCAGCAUUUGCUAAAAUGAUGGAAGAAGUUUGAAAAGAAAUUGACAUGUAAUUGCCGCAGAUAUUUUCAAAAUUAUUUCUGAGAGAAAUUUUGAAAAUUAUUAGGGAGAUAAUUGCAAAACAAUAACUGUAGCAGUUUUUAAGGAAUUUGAAAUUGCUUGAAGAGUUUCCGAAGGUAAUUUCGUAGUUUUUUACCGAAAGGAUUCUCAAAGUAAAUUCCAGAUGAAAUUGUGGCAAGGAUUUCCAAUGAAAAUGAAAAAAAAAACAAAAGAAAAUGUUGAAGGAACUACAGAAACGAUGUAUGACGCAUCGAAUACACUUAUAGCUAAAAAAAUACACCAUUCGCGUUGUGGACGAAUUUUUAACAGCUCUUUUAUUAAUCUGGGCAACCUUUUUGAAAAAAGUAUCCUACGUAUUGGCAAAUAACGUGAGAUAUACAAAGAAUAUAUCAAGUUUUCAGCUGCUAAGGACACUACUAGCGCAAAGUAGGUAAUAAAAAUUAAGAAAGUUGUAUUUUUUGUGUGAAUACUACCAUUUUUUCAGAGGAACAUUAAUGAAAUCAAUUUGUUUUUAGUUUAUCCAGAACGGCUUACAUACGACGUCGAUUCGAAUGCUGUAUGCGCUCGUAAAUAAUGAUCACUCUGAAUUAAGAGAAAAUAUGAAAUUGAUUGUUGGGUGGGAAAUGUUCUCUGUUUGAGGUAGGUAAAUAUGUUGCUUUACUACCGUCAACCCCCGUUGGUUUGAACGACACCUCAUGCAAACCAAUGGGGUUCAUUUUUUAAUGUAAGCUUCUAGUAACCCUUUGGGCAUCGAAAAACACAAUGAUGGUAACCUUUUUUUGCUGUUUUGUUUUGAUUCUGCAUUCCGUUUCACCCCGUUCCAUGAGCAGAAUGACGUUUGAACAAUUUUUAGUUUGAACGAUGUGCAGAUUAGAGGGGGUCAAAUUAAAAAGUGUACAGAUCAGAUGCGGUCAAACCAACGAGGGUAGACGGUACCUGUGGAUGAAUAUGGGUAUUUUUUCAUUGUGGUCGUUAGAAAUCCUACUAACAUAGUCACGAUUUAGAUGAAAGUUUGCAUGCAUCUGCCGGACACGUGAUCCAGCAACUUUUCUACAGGUUGAGCAAUCUUUUUUUUUUAAUUUCUUUUUAUUUGUGAAUUUCAACCCUCUAAUACCCAAUCCCGCCUUUAGACGGGGUAUAGUUUGAGCAUUUUUGUAAUUUUUGUUUCGUGGAAAAUCAUUUUUUUAUAUUUUUUCUGAAAUUUAGGACUGUUCUGUAUAUCUCAAAAUGGUGUUUGGUGUGUUUUAAAGCGUAUUUACAUUUUUUAAAAACCAUUGAAAAAUUGAUGUUUUGUCACCUUUUAGAAGUCAUUCUUUAUUUUGUAUUGAAUCGCUACAAUUAACUUAUUUUUAAAUUUUCCCAAAUCGUUCUAUCCUUGUUUAAUAGUUUAAGGGAAUCGAAUACACUCUUAAAUUAUUUUCCUUAAAAUUACACGGAAAAUAAAAUAAUAAUAUUUCAACAAUUAUCAUAAAAUCUCAAAAUGUUUUCAUCUCAAAAAAUCCGUUCCCCAAAUUGGCUUCCAGGAAAAAUAUAAAAGUGUGGGAAUGUGCAAUAAAAAUUAGAAAAAUCAAAAACUGAAAUUAACGAAAUCGAGAAUUAAAAAGAAUCAUCUUCCAAAACAUGUUUAAAUCGAUUUUAGAUGACGAAAAAUGAUAUUUAGAUCAAAAUAAAAAAAAUGGGUAUUAGAGGGUUAACUUAGGCUAAUUCUUCACACAUGGUUGAGCAAUCUCAAACGAUCGUUUCGUGGUUGUCUCCGCUAUUAGAACGUUCAAAUAUUUCAGUGUCUCCAUCUGAAAAACACCUUCGGCGUGAGAAAACUACAUCCAUUUUACAUUCAUUGGGCGUAUUUAUACCCUUCUUCGAUUUGAAGGAUGACUCACGGAAUGAUGAAAUAUGCUUGUAAAGCUUCAGAAGCAAGGAAAGGAUAUGUCACGAAAUUUUAUGAAAUGUAGUAUUGUGCUUUACAUUAAAAUUGACUAUAAUAAACAUAAAAGUAAAAACUGAAUUACAUGGUACAGCUAUUAUUAUGAAAAAUCAAUCAGAAAUUCCACUAAUAAUUUAUCGGACAACUGCCUUAUAAUUUACUUGGCAAUUGAUUAUAGAAAUCCUGCAGUAACUUUUAUCGAAACGCUUUCAGUAAUUUCUGUUGCUGUCAUUCCGUUACCAAAUUUAUUGUGAAUAUCCAUGGCGAAUGCUUUGACAUAUCCUUCGACAAUUUCCUUGACAACUCUUUUGAAAAUUGUUUUGGGAAUUCAUACAGAAAUUUCUUAAAGAUUUUUUUUUUGGCAAUCUCCUUUGGAAGAGACUAAGAAAACUUUUUUUGGUUUUUUAGAAAUCCUUCAUCAUUUUAUUUUUGACUCCCUUCAACAAUGUUUUUGACAAAUUUAUUGCGAACUUGUCUGACAAUGUCUGGAACUUUCUUUAAAAAAAACACUCGCAACUCAAUUGGGGAAUCCGUUUGGGAAUUGUUCCGACAAUACCUUGAAGAUUUCGUUGGCAAUCUCUUUAUUUCGGUAGUGUUUUUUAAACUUAUUCGCUAUUUUUUAUUUCUUCAGAUAUUUUUCUUUGGAAAGUUCCUUGGAAGUUGCCUCGGGAUGCCUUUUGGCGAAUUUCGUGGCAAUUCUUUUGGAAAAUCUUUCGGUAAUUUCUUUAUUGUGUCUUAAACUAUUUAUACAUGUACUUUUUUGGAAAUUUCUUUUAGGAAUUUUCUGGAAAAUUCUCAGGAAUUUUUCAAACAGUACUUUUCAAAGAAUUUAGACAUUUUUUUGGUAAUUCCAUUGAUAAUUCAUAUUUUUUUAAUUCGUAAAAUAAUUUGAAAUGGAAUUCAGUUUGAUGGCAAAUGGAAUUCAGAAAGAAGUUAAUGAAGGAAUUACCAUAGAAUUCUCCAGAAAAUUACGAACGAAUUGCCGAAAGUAUUUUCAAAGCCGGCAAAUAACAAAUUUCCAAAGAAAUUAUCGGAAAAAAUGUAAAAAUUACCAAAAGGACUGCUGGUGAAAUUCUCACAGAAAUUAAGCUAAGGUUAUAAUAGAAAAAAUCCCGUAUGCAUUGCCUGAAAAAUGUCCAAAGCUAUUGCUUGAAGAAUAUUAAGUGAAAUGCCGUAGGCUUUAAAAAUAACCUAAACCAAAAAAGUAAAAAAAAUACCUAAAAAUCACAGGGAAUUUUCCCAAGAAAUUUUAAAUGAUAUAUUUAUUAUUUUAUUCAAAACUCAAGUUGUUAGAGGCAGCUUUCAGAGGAGUAACGCCUUAUGCGCCACGACAUUUUUUUUGAAAAAUAAUAUUGAAAGAGUUAAGAAAGAAAAUACUAUUAAAUGUUUUUCCAUACCUAAUGCAUGACUCGUCAUACUUUUACAGACUCCCCCCUUCCCCUUAAAAUGCUACGUCAUAUAUGGACACUCUCAAAUAUGCCGAAAAUAUUAGAAAAAAUACGAAGAAAUUUGUAAAUGGUAGUUUCCAAAGUAAUGUCGAAAAAAAUCCCAAAAAAAAUAAUGAAGAAACUGUGGAGAAGAUGUAACGAUUAGAUCAAACUGGUAAUUCCAAAGAACACAAGAGCUACGUUGUGGAUGAAUCUCAAAUUUAAUUGUUCUCAUUAUGGCAGAGCUUUUAUACUUCUGGGCAAUUUUUUCCGAAGACAGUAUCCAACGAUAUGGUCCAGAAAGCGAGAUACACAAAGAUUACAUCAAGCAUUUAACUCCUGUAAGAACACUGGCUCAACGUUGUGAACUAGUUUAGAACUUAAUUAUAUUCUUUGUCAAAGCUUUAUUUUUUCAGUGAAAUAUUGCCGAAAACACAAACUUUCGAAAAGGCUCAAAUCACAUUUUUACAAAAAAAAAAAUGCUUGCAAUUUCUUCACAAAUUUCUUCAAGGAAUCUAUGCAUUUCGUAUCGGUUGUUCUCAAUACAUCCGAUUCUUAUAUUUUUUCCUGUACGGGUAUGGUUUGUGCUAUAACUCAGUCAAUUUUGAACCGAUUCUCAUGAAAUUUUGUACACAUGUAGGCACCAUUAGUACUAUCCGUGUAUUAAAAAUCAAGUUAAUUGGUUUAAAAUUGACUGAGUUACUAGUUCCCAAAAAAUCAAAAGGUCAAAUGCUAUGUGCUAUGUGAAAUCAAACUAUAGAUUUCAUAAACAACUCCGAUAAAGGUUCCUGCAAUUCUUCUUAGAAUGAUGUGGACAAUUAUGGAAAACAUUUUCGACACAUAAUAUGUUGAAAGCAGCAGAUUAUAAAAAUUUAUAGCCCAUCGGGUUUCAUUCCACCAAGCAUCAGUAUUCAAGCUAUGUUUUCAUUUACAGAAGGAUUCAACAUUUUCUAUCGGGGAAAAUUUUUCCAUACGUUUUUUAUAGGAGAGAAAUUGGCCGAAAAUGAGAAUUUCAUGCAACUUUGUAUGUAAAAAAAUUAAAAAAUAAAAUUUUCCCGAUGAAAUAUUUCAAAAGUUUCCACAUACGAUAAUAUAGCAUGAAUUUGAUAGUUUGUGGGAAGAUGAUCAUCGCGACUGAAUCACGGAAAAAUAUAAGUUUCAUCAUAGGUAGAGUUUGAAUUUUGCUAGCAGCAGCCACAUGGACCUAGGUAGCAUGAUUCGUUCAAAAAAUCUUGAGUUGUUGCCUACCCCUACAGGAGAAAGCGUUAUAUGUUUGUAGCGUAGGUACACAAAUAUGGUGGGUAACUACCUGUGUAUGGGUAUGACUAUUUUUUGCGGUUUUAGAAAUUCUACAUAUAUCGAGGUUCGCAUUCAUAUGUGGAAAUUCAUUUAGAUAAAUCAUCUGACAAUUACUUUGCAAUUUUUUUCGGUAAUUUAUUUAAGACACCCUGCAGAUAUUUCUACAACAAUUUCUUUUUGAUUUCCUUCUGUUAUUCCGUCGCCAAAUUCAAUCUGGAAUGCUCUGAGUAUUUAGAAUUUUCUGAGUUUUGGAAAUUGUCCAGGUGUGUUUCGACCGUCUUGAUUCUAAAUUUUCACAAAAAUGAUUGUUUUUCAGGAACGAAAAAAAAAACACAUCUUGAAAAUUUCACAGAAUAUAGCUUAUCUUAUAGUUUUAUAUUCCUUCCAAAAUAUUUUUUUGGGAAUUUUACCGGACUCCCUCAAUAGUUUUUUCAACCGAUUUUCCUCAAUAUUGUGGAAAAUUAUUUUCAUUUUAUGUUUUUUUUUAUUGCUGAGAAAAAUUGCUUACGAUAUCACAAAAAAAAAUAUUAUGUCUACGAUGCUUCUUAAGUUAUGAUUUUUGAAACAAACGGCUCAUAUAGCACAUCUAGACAAUUUCCUCGAAAUUGGUCAUAACCCAGGAACCGAGAAAAACCACAUCUUGAGAAUUUCACAGAAUAUGGAUUGAUUUCCUUUCAACAAUAUUAUAUUUGAGAAUAUCUGAACUUCCUAGAUAGUUUUUUAGAGUUUUCCAACCGAUUUUCCUCAAUUGAUAAAAAUUUUGUUGAAACAAUUUUUAUUUCGUAUUUUUUUCCAAUUGCUGAGAAAAUUGACUUAUCCUAAGAUGCUUCGUGCUAGAGUUAUUAUUUUUCAAAGUAGGUGGUGUCUGUGGAAAAUGUUUGUUUUCCACUGGAAUUUUCCGGAAACUUGGACGACUCUGAUUUUUUUUUUUUCAAUUUAGUUUUUGUUCAUAUAUAUAUGUGAACCCUAACUAUGAAAAAAAAAAAUUCAUUAAAUUCUGAGCACCUUCGUAACAAAUUGGUACGAUAAAAAAAAAUAUUCAGAAAUAUCAUUUUACUUUAGAAAUAGCAGUAAUGACAGACGGAAUUCCGAAAGGAAAUUACCAAAUGGAUUCGCAAAGGGAUAACUGAAGAAAUAUCUAUUGCUAAUGCAAAUUUCCAGAGAUAUUUUCGAAAGAAAUUAUCGGAAAAAAAUUUCGAAGGAAUCUAUCAAAAAAAAAAAAAAAAUACCAAAACUAUUGCUGAAUGAAUUCCUAAAACAUGAAUUAAAAAAACAACAAAAUUUGUUGCAUUAAGGACUGUUCAAUUUAUAAAACGGACAACUUUACAAGGCUAUAAAAAGAAGACGCGUAGUUCAAAUUUAACCACCCUUGUUUCGUUGUUCAGUACAUCCUCUGUCAUUAUAGUAAUGAUUUUUGAAUCGGAUAAAAAUAGUUUUAUUUCAUAGAAAAUCGGCCAGAUGUUAAAUGAGGUGAAUUUUACGAUUGCUGAAAAUUGAAAAUAUACACAAAAUUACUGUUCACAUAUGGUAUAUCGUUUUGAUUGUCAGAAAAGUAUGUGCCAUGCUGCAGCAGCAUGAGUAAUAAACAUUCUGGCGAAGUUUAAACUCAAUUGGAACAUUAGUUAUUGAGAUAUUAAAGUCUCAAGUGAGAUUCGAUUUUUUGAUUAAAAUUUCAUUGUAAAGCAAAAAGGGCAUGAACAUAUUCAAUAAACAAUUUUUUUUAUACAUCCAGUCGAAAGUAGGAAUGAUGUGGUUUCAAAUGCAGAAAACUGCUACGUAAUAGCAUUGCUGGUUUGGUUACUGUGUGCCCUUACAGGCACAGUAAUCGAAUCAGUUUCGUUCUUUGAAGGUUCUUCCAAAUAACAAUGCAACCUAAUGCAAAUUUUACAUAACAAUGAUGUUGAAAAUAUAAAAUUUUACAUCCGAUUGUUAUUGAAUAAGGUAUACAAUAACAUAGAAUCAACUUUGUUGAAAAUAAAUAAUAACAAGAUUUGCUAGAGUCGAAAAUCGGCAUCAAUGGAGCAAAAAAUAUGCAGUUUUUACUAUGAUCAUCUUUAUGGAUUAAAUUUUUGAUGAAGAAUGCAAUUAAAAGUAAUUUUUUCUUCUGUAUCAUCCAGAAAGCAGUAAUCUACUGCUCUGGACAAAUUUUGAGCCGAAUCCGUUGUGCUAUUGCAUCACAGGACUUAAAUAAAUAUUUUUUAACAAUUUCUUUAUAAACAAGGCCACUUACAGUAUCAAGCUGGAUGCUGCUUGGUGCGUUAUUACUUACCAACUAUUGAGCUUUACCUUUAGUAGAGUAGUAUAAGAUUCCAAUACAUUAAAAAUUUAAUGAACAUAUGCAUGUUUAGUAUGUGGAAAGUUAUGUCGAAUUUUGAGAAAUGGGUUUUUAUUGAUGUUUUACGAAAACCGCUUCAGUUAGACAAAAAAGGACAUUUUGCCUAAUGUUAUAUUUUUCCUACAUUUGAGAAUAACUAUAGAAAGUUAUGCAAAAAAACUGAUAAUGAUUUUAUUGAAAAAUUAAAAAGAUAUCGCACAAGCAAGUUGUCCGUUUUAUAAAUUGAACAGUCCUUAAAACCCAUGGAAACUGCAGAAAGAAUUUUCUGCAGAUAUUCAGCCAGAGGUUAUUCCAAGGACAUUACCAAAAAAAUAUCCAAUAAAUUCAAAGAAGUUUGCAGAAGCAAAGAUGAGAAAAUUCAUGAUUUUUUAUAAAAAUUAUCAUGAUUUUUUUAUAAAAAAAUAUCAUGAUUAUUUUCAAUUUCUACCACUUCCGAUUCCAAUUUCCAUUCGUGAGGAUCGUCAAUCCAUCAUGCUGUGUAUCUACAAAAAAUGUCGACGAUCGAUAUUUCAAAAUCAGCAAAUAAUAAAUGACAUUUUUAGGAUAUUUCUUAUUUCUACCCAAAAAAUGUCAAUGAAGUUCCCAAAUUUAUUACCAAAGGACUUGCCGUAGUUAUGCUGCAAGAAAUUUCUUAAGAAGUUUCCAAAACAGUUGCAGCUUUUCCUAAAACGGUGAAAGGAGUUUGCAAAUAAAUUACCAUAUUAUUUCCACAGAAACUUUCCUAGAACGUGAGAUAUACAAAGAUUAUAUCAAGUUUUCAGCUGCGAAGAACACUAGUGCAACGUAGUGAAUCAAAAUUGAGAUCAAAGUUAUAUUUUUUAUGAAAUCUACCAUAUUUUUUUUUCAGUGAAACAUUACUGGCAUCAAUAUUUUUCUAGUUUAUCCAGAACGGCUUACAUACAGGGGAUGGCCAAACUAUUUGGGAUAGGUAUUUUUUUUUUCUCUCACAAAAAAGUUUAACAUGCUGUAAAUUUUCAUAGAGGCAUCAAAAAUUUGAACCGUUGUGGUAAAACACUUUUUUUAGACAACAAACUUUUAAACUCCCAUAUCUCGGAAACUUUAACGUUUAUCAACAAUAUAUUGAUACUUGAUGCGACGUUAUAAAUGUAAUAUUUUCUCACGACGAAUUAAAAUAUACCGGUUUGAAAUUUUUACCCAUAUAGAGGAAAAUAAGUCAAAUUUACAAUACCACACAAAAAAUGCUUAAUGCAUUUUUCCUUUUAUCCAAAUAGCCUCCAAUACGUUUUAUUAGAAAUAUCUCGAGAACAGAAGAAGAAAAUCUUUGGAUAUCAAAACUAAAAUUUAAUGACAUUGAUAUAAAAAAUGUAUUUUUUUCGAGAAAGAUCAGAAAAGUGUCAAUCCAUGAUAACUUUUUCCAACUAUCAAAAAGUGUCUUUGUUUUAAUAACUUGUGAAGCAUUACUAUAUUGUUAAUAAACGUUCAAAAUUUCAUUCAAUUUGGUUCACUAGUUACCGAGAUAUGACAGUUCAAAAAUAAGUUGCCUAAAAAAAUAUGUUUUACGAGAAGCUUCGUGAAAAAUUAACAAAUCGAGCUCAAAUUUGUACCAAUGAUGCACAUAAUACACAUACAUAUAACAGGUUGAAAAACAGUUAAAUUUUGAGAAUUUUUGAUGCACCCUGUGAAAAGUUACAGCAUGUUAAACUUUUUUAUGAGAGAAAAAAAAAGUUGCCUAUCCCAAACUUUUUGGCCACCCCCUGUACGAUGCAGAUUCGAAAACUUUGGUUACAAAUGAUGAAAAAAUUGGUGCUGCAUGGGCUCGUUAAUAAUGAUCACAUCUGAUUUUCGGGAAGUAUCAAAUUGAUCAUAGGUAGUGUUUGAAUUUUGCUUGCAACGGCCAUAUGAACACAUUGCUGAAGAAAACGUUCCAUGUUUGUAGUAGGUAAAUAUGAUGCUUAACUACCUGUGAAUGGAUAUGGGUAUUUAUUUUAUGAAUGUGGUCGUUAGCAAUCCUACUUACAGAGUCAAGGUUUAAAUGAAAGUUUACAUGCAUCUGCCGGACACGUGGUCCAGCAACUUUUUCUACAGGUAGAGUAAUAUUAAACGAUUGAUUCGUGGUUGUCACUGCUAUUAGAACAUCCAAAUAUUUCAGUGUCUUCCUUCGCCAGAAAAUCGCCCUUGGCGUGAGAUAUACAAUUACAUCAAUUUAACAUUCAUUUAGCGUGCUUAGCUCCUUCAUAGAUUUGGAGCAUGUACUCACGGAAUGGAAAAAUCUUUGGAAGCCCCAGAAGCAAGGAAAGGAUAUGUCAUGAAAUUUUGUGAAAUGUAGAAUUAGCCUUUAAUUAAAAUUCACAAUAAUAAACAUAAAAAUAAAUCUUGUGCUGAUUUUUUGAACCCUUUAAACAGAAUACCCUCUUCGAAUGAGUGUAAUCAGUUUUGAACCUUAUAAUUCCGCGCUAUUUUGCUCACCCUUUGACAGAUACGCGCAUUUCCAUUUAUCUUUCAAAAACAAUAACGGAAUUUCAUAGAAAUUUGGAAAAAAAUCUUAGCAACUCCCUUGGGAAUUUUUUUCCGCAUUUUUUGUUUUUGGAAAUUUUUUCAACAAUUUAUUAUUAAAAUACUGCAGUAAUUCCUAUCGAUUUUUUCAGUAAUUGAUGUUUGAUUUUUACAUGCCAUUCCGUCACCAAAUUUGUUGUGAAUUUCCUUGGCAAAUGCUUUGGCAUUUCCUUCUAAAUUUUUUUAGGGAAUUAAUUCAGGUAUUCUUUUAAGAAUUUUUUGGUAAUAUUUUUUUGUAGAGCCUUAGAAAACUCUUCCGGUAUUUUUAAUAAUUUUUCAGUUAUGCCUCUAAAAAUUCAUUCAUCAAUUUAUUUUUGACUCACUUCAACAAUGCCUUCGACCAAUUCAAUGUGAAUUUCUAUGAAAAUGUCUUUGCAAUUUUCUAGAAAAACUUGGUUUGUAACUCAUUUGGAAAUCACUUUGGGAAUCCUUUUGGGAAUUGUUCCAACAAUAAUUUAAAGUUUUCGUUGGCAAUCUCUUUUGGAAUUAUUUCGACACUGUCUUUGGAAACAUUUUCGCUAUUUUUUUUAUUUCUUCAGAUAUUUUUCUUUUGAAAGUUCUUUGGGAGUUCCCUUUGGCGAAUUUUGUGGCAAUUCUUUCGCCAACUUCUUAAAAAUGCCUAAAGCUAUUUCUAUAUGAACUUUUUAGGAAAUUUCUUUGUGGAAUUUUCUGGAAAAUUCUCAGGAAUUUUUCAGGUAGUACUUUUCGAAGAAUUAAGAAAUUUCUUUGUUAAUUCCAUUAAAAAUUCUAGGUUGCUUAAUUCGUAAAAUGAUUUCAAAUGGAAUUUCCAAACUGAUGACAGAUGAAAUUCCGAAAGAAGUUAACGAAAGAAUACUAUAGAAAUUUCCAAAAAAUCACAGAAAAUUUUACGAAUGAAUUGACGAAAGAAUUUUCAAAGUAGCCAAAUAACGAAUUUCCAAAGAAAUUAUAGGAAAAUAGCAUUUAAAAAACUACCAAAAAGAUCAUACUGGUAAAAUUCACACAGAAAUUAAGAUAAGGUAAUAAUAGAAGAAAUCGCGUAUGCAUUGCCUGAAAAAUGUCCAACGCAAUUGUUUAAGGAAUAUUUGACUAACUUAAUCCAAAAAAAUAAAGAAAAAAAAACAAAAAAUACAGGGAAUUUUUCCAAUCAGGUUUCGAAGGAAAAUAAAAUAACCUAACUAAUUCCUGCAUGAAUAGGCAAAGAGAUUUCCAGAAUAGUGCCGAAGAAAUUUUAUUAGUAAUUACUAAAGGAGCCUCCAAAGAAAUUGUCGAACGAAAUCAGAGAGAAAGCUAACCCCAAAGCAAUUAUCGUAGGAGCAAUUUCUACAGAUGUUUUUAAAACCAUUGCCGAAGCAAUUUGUAUAAAAAGGAAGUGUUAAUAAAUAAUCCAAAAAUUUCCCAAGAAAUUUUAAAUGCUAUUUCUAUUUUUCUUUUUUUUUUUUUUGAAAUUAAAGUUGUUAGAAACAGCUUUCAAGGGAAUAACGCCUUAUGCGCCAUCGCCAGAAAGAAAAUACGGAAAUAUGCCGAAAAGAUUGAAAAAAGUCCGAAGAAAUUUGUAAAUGGUAUUUUAAGAGUUUUCAAAAUAAUGUCGAAAAAAAUCCCAAAGAAAUUAAUGAAGAAACUGUGGAGAACAUGUAACGCUAAGAUCAAACUGAUAGCUUCAAAGAACACAAGAGCUACGUUGUGGACGAAUCUCAAAUCUAAUUGUUAUAAUUAUAGCAGAGCAACUUUUUUCCGUGGGAAGUAUCCAACGAAUUUGACUCCUAAGAACACUGGAUCUUUGUGAAAGCUUCAUUUUUUCGGUGAAACAUUGUCGAAAACAGAAUCUUUCAAAAAGGCCCAGAUCAAAAAAAUGCUUGAAAUCUCUUCAAGGAAUCUAUGGAUUGCGUAUCUGGUGUUCACAAUAUGUAAGUCACAUCCAAGAUCCUAGAAGAAAAAGAAAUUCUCUCAAGAACUCAACUAUGAACUAAAACCCUUCAAAAAUUCCUACUAGUUUCCCUAAAAAAUCAAAAGGUGAAUAGGUCAAAUGCUUGCUAAGUGAAAUCAAACUAUAGAAUCCAUAAACAAAUCUUCUUAAUUCCCUGCAAUUCUUCUCAGAAUUCUUAGGAAAAUUUUUGAAAAUAUUUUCGAGCAUUUCUGACACAUACUAUGUCUGAACCAGCAGAUUAUAAACAUUUGAUGAACAUCGGGUUACUUUCUACCAAGCAGAGUUCAAGCUAUGUUUUCAUUUGCAAAAGGUUUUAAAAUUUUCUCUCGAUGGUUUUUUUUUCAUACAUUUUGUAUAGAAGAGAAAUUGGCCGAAAAUGAAAAUUUCAUGCAAGUUUGUAUUAAAACAACCUAAAAUCAAAAUUUCCCCGAUGACCGCAUACGAUAAUAUAGCAUGAAUUCUGAUAUUUUGUGGAAAGAAUCCUGAUGUACAUUCAAUUUUUAUAAUCCGCUAGUUCAGACGUACCGUGCGACAGAAAGUAACGAAAAUAUUCCUGAAAUUCUUCCAGCAUUUUGUGGAAGACUUUUCAGAAUAUCUUUAUGAAUAUUCGACAGAAUUAAUGUUUGUUGUAGUACAUUUUUUUCUUGUUUCACAUUUACAUUCGUGGAAUGAGAUUUUAUGAGGGCCCGGAGACAAGUCCCCCUCUAAAUGCGGCUUGGCUUAAGGUGUAUGAUGAAACUAGGCUUGAAUUUAUCGUAAUUCAAUCGUUAUAGGUAUUUUCUGGUGCUUUUAUUAAAAAAUUUUGUCAGGGAAGUAGAGUACAAUUAUUAUUAUCAAAAAUAUGAUUCAACUGAAAAACUCAAGUUCCGAAAACUUCGGUUUUGAAUAAUGGAAUAAAGGUGCUGCAUACCGCAUACGCUUGUGAAUGAUGAUCACGUCUGAGUCAUGGAAAAAUAUCAGUUUGAACCAAGAUUUGAUCAUACACAGUUAAAAUUAAAAUGUAAUUUUAAGUGAAUUUUCAUGCACAUAUUUGGAGCAUGAAAAUAAACACAAAAAUAAAUCGCAUUUGAAAUUUACAUUUAUUGAAAACAUGAACUGACGUGUAAUUUUAAACGUCGUUGAAAUUUAAGUGAGCACUGCAUGGCGCGGUUCUCCGUGGGUGUGUGUUGUUUCAUUUGAUUUGUUUUCAUGAUUCACAUAUCCCUCCCCGCCCGUCAGUCGGAAGCAGCAAUUAAAACUAAUAAAUGAAUGUCACGUUUUAUUUCAAUAUAAUAAUUGCACUUUUCGGUAUCAAACUAUUCAGGUACACAGUUGUUUACUAGGAUCUAUGCACUUCCCGCAUCCAGCAACAAAAUUUCGGUUUUCGGUGCAGGGCGUCUUGCUGCUGCUGAUGGCGUUUCAGCUGGUGAUUACCGAUAGUGAGCGCGCGUCUGAAAAGUGUUCAUUUGUUACACUGCCUAAUGGAUGAAAUAUGAAUUUCUUACCUGUUAAUGACCUUGAUAAUUCUUGUUCCGCCUUCGUAACACUCCGCACGACUGAAGAAUUAGGAAUAAAAAUAACUUUCGGGGUAGCACUUCAGAAGCACUCAGAUUCAACGCGACGGCCAUACUCUUUCCAACAUCAGAGCGCUAGUAUGUAGUUUGUAUGAUGAUUGAAAUUUACAGUUAUUUUAAUUGAAAAAUCAAUGUAUAUCAAUGCUCUUAUUAUGUGCAUGGAUUUUUGUUUAAAUUUAAAUGAUCUUUUCGAUUCAAGUGAUGUACGUUUAAAUGCGUGAUGUUUUACAUGCCAUUGAAAUUUCAUUACUUUUUGCUGUGUAGGUAGAGUUUGAAUUUUGCUAGCAGUAGCCACAUCGAUACAGGUACAUAGCAUGAAUCAUGCUGCAUGAUACGUUAAAAAAAACUUGACUUGUUGCCUACCCCUACUGGAAAAUCGUUAUACAGGGGAUCCUCAAAAUAACUGGGACAGGUAAAAUUUUCACUUUUCAAAAAAUGUUCAACUCGCUGUAACUUUUCGAAAAGGGCAUCAAAUAUUCUCAAAUUUUUACUGUAAGUUGAACAUUUUUUGAAAAGUGAAAUUUUUACCUGUCCUACUUAUUUUGAGUAUCCCCUGUAUGUUUGUAGCGUAGGUACGCAAAUAUGGUGGUUUACUACCUGUGUAUGGGUAUGACUAUUUUUUUCGGGUAUUAGAAAUUCUACAUAUAUGGAGGUUUGCAUUCAUCUGCCGGGUACGGGAUCCAGCAACUUUUUUACCCGUAGAGCAAACUCAUAAGUUUGGCUUAUAGUUGUCUCCGCUAUUACUAACUUGAUACUUGAUGAGCUACAACUCGUGGCGGUGAGUGUACGCCGAAUGCAGCAUUUACCUCCACUUCUGGUCUCGGUUAUGGGCCAAUCGCCCUGAACGUCCAGAGUCCUUUCGGUCGUUCUCAAUUGCAAGAAACUGAGUGUGCGUGGCGUACUACUAAGCCGACGACCCUUUCCUCGUUCUCUGCUCAAGAUGGUUUAAAUUUGUUGUUUCUCCGGCAUACGAACUACAUACUCAGUCCACCGCAGCCUGCCGUUUUUAUUCGCUUCACUAUACUGCCGUCAGGCGCAUAAAUGUCAUAUUUCGACAUUUUUUAGGUUUUUAUGUCCUAAGUCAUAUGUAUUUUUAUAAGAAUUUUUGAAAUAUUUUAUCAACAUCUGGAUUUAAACAUGUUCCGACAGUUUUUGCGUUGAAGUCAUUCAAAUGCGACAAUAGUCAAUGAUUAUUUUGAAACUUCAAAUGUGUCUUUCUCGCGUUUUUCUAUUGUAACAUGUGACAUUUAUGCGUCCGAGGGCAGUAUAUCCAUUAUUUUAUAUACUUGGUACAAUUCGUAGUGCAUGCCGCGAGAUGCCAUUCCCCAGUUUAUCACCGAGUAUUUUUGCAGCACUUCACGUUCGAAGGCUAAAACGACCAAAAAAAUCAGAGUCUUGUCAACGCAAGUUUUGACUUCGCUUGUAGCCUCUCUCCGCUAAUAGGACAUCCAGUGUCUUCCUUGUGCUCAUAAGGGCGUGGGCAUUUCAUGUUCUGUUGAAAAGCAAGGUAGCGUGUUCUAGUACAUUAUUACAGAUGGAAGUGAGCAUUUCGACGAGGCGAUGGACAAAGAGGUGCACGCUUAAUAAGGAAUCAUCUUGGCUGAAGAAGGCACCUUGAAUAUUUGAAUAUUUUUUUCUGCAUGCGUGUUGCAUAGAUUUUGCGGCUGACGCUCCUCGAUCGCUAUGCCUGAUAUGUAUUGCGAAUCUACCCACCGUAUUUUUUUCCAACCUCCCCUGUGGAUCUACCAGCACCACCUUCAACAUGCUACCCUGUUUAGGUAAUUGUUUCAAGAACGGUGUUUCAUUAGUAGGUAUCCACAAAUAGGAUAUGCUCGAUUGACUUAUUCUAGUUAGCUAACUACUCAGUAUGAAAAGCUGUAUGCGAAUGCUGAAAAUGAUACAUAGUUGUGCAGUUUCAAUAAGGAAAGUAAUUCGUCCGUUUCAAUCUAAUAUGGUGAAAAGGAAAAGUCAACCAAUUAUCGAUUCAGAAAGCAGCAGUGAUUCUGAAUCCGGUAUGGAGCUGCAACUUGAGCUGCAAUCGUUGGCCAAGAGAAGGAAAACCAGCAGGCUGGAUUCCGACUUGGAGGAUCAUUCGGGACCAGAGACAUCCGUGCAGUGCAAAAAGCGAGGGGUGAAGCACAUAUCUGCUUCGCAAUCAAAAGAUGACGAAAGUGGAAGUAGCAGUAGUGAUUCGGAGUUCAGUGAUUAUGAUGACAAGAUGAUGGGAGACGAAAAAGAUCGGGCCAGAUUGAGCGCCUUGUCGGAGAAAGAACGAGAAACGGAGAUUUUCGAGCGUAUCGAGCGGCACGAAGCCAUGAAGACUCGCUGGGAGAUUGAACGUAAAUUGAGACUGGCAAAGAAGGCCGAGCGAAAAGUCAGUGACAGUUCCCAUUCUUCACCAGAAAAAGCUCCCGCUAGUUCGAACCAUUGCAACCUGAAGGAACGUUCCAAAGAGCGAAAGAAGAACGUUGAAGCCAAUCGAACAGACAACAAGCGAAACAAUGCCAUGGCAAUGCUGAAAGCUAAACGAAAAGGCAAAGCCAAGCGUGACGAGGAAGCGUACGACAUCUGUUUAGAUGACUGGGUAAGCGAUAACGAAGAUGAUAAAAACUAUGAUCGACGCUCGCGGGCUGGUUCCAGCAGCGGUCGCGGAAGUGAUAGCCGGUCUUCUAUCGAUGAAGAAACGUGGGACUCCAAAGAGAGGAAACCGGCCGCCAUUAGCACUAAGGAGGAACUCGAGAAACUACGAAUCUCGCGGCACAAGAUAGAACGCUCCAUUACGCUCCCGAUGUUCAAUCAAGUUGUGCAGAACUGUUUCGUUAGGAUCAACAUAGGAAACAACAACGGAAGCCCAGUCUAUCGAGUGGCGGAGAUCAUUGGGGUUGUGGAGACGGGCAAAAUCUAUCAACUUGGCCAGUGUCGCACCAACAAAGGGUUCCGGCUGAAGCAUGGCAGCCAGGAGCGGGUGUUCCGGCUGGAGUUCAUCUCGAAUCAGAAGUUUAGCGACAGCGAAUAUCAGAAUUGGUUGAGUGCCUGUGAGGCCACCGGAACGGCAUUGCCUUAUGCAGACACCAUCGAGAAAAAGCAGCGGGCGUUUAAUGAAGCAAUACAGUACGAAUUCAAGGACACCGACAUCGACAAGCUCAUCAAGGAAAAUAACCGAUUCCGGGUGAAUCCAACCAACUACGCUAUGAAAAAGACACAGCUCAUGAUGCAACGUGACGCAGCGCAACUCCGAGGAGAGGAUGAACUGGCACGCGAUUUGAACACCCAAAUAAUGGAGCUCGAAGAGCGUGCCAGCACUCUGGACAGAAACCGCAGCAGUAGCAUUGGUUUAAUAUCUUACAUCAACGAUCGCAACAGGAAACGCAACGUGGAGGACGCCGAAAAGGCCAUCAAGGAGGAAAUUUGGGCCACCCGAGGUAAGAGAAUCGAAGAUCCGUUCACGCGGCGUCCAACGCAGCCGCGGAUGUCGUUCAAGGCAUCGCACAAGAAAGAGGAAGUCCCAAACAGUCAGAUGCAGGCGCUUCCAGCACCUCCCCCGCCGGGGCGAAAAAAUAAAGCGGAUGAGACGACGCCUGUCUCCAGUGCGGACAACAACAUGUACUCUUUGCAUGAUUUCGAUAUCGUUCUAGACGCGCCUCUUUCGGAUGGCUCCAGCAAUUUAAUUCCGAAAGCUGUGAAGAAACCGGUCAAUAAAUCCAGUCUGAAGCGAUCGCUCAACCUCGAAGAGUACAAGAAGAGGCGAGGUUUUAUCUGAUGAACAUCAACGGUUAUCUCUACUGUAACAUGAUAACUAUUGGAAAAUGAGGAUGAUAAUGAUAAAACACCGCACAAAUAGAAAAAUGUUGCUUAUUUAAAUUAAUAAAAUGCAUGCUUGAAUGAAUGAAGCAUGUUUAUUUUUAUUUCAAUGUUGUAUUAUGUGGUUCUUCCUUGGAGUUUUUCGUCCAAAACCAUCAUUCCAUUUAGCGUUACAAAUUUCAUUAAAUUCUGCAAAACAGGGUUCGAAUGCACGUACAAAUUUUCAAACGUCAAACAUGGCUGGUUUGAGCACUUUGUAUACAACUUAAGUUUCAAUGUUUGACCAAGAUGACGGGCUUGGUGCUCUAGUGGCUACCGCUUCUGAUUCGUAUGCAGAAGGUCAUGGGUUCAAUCCCUGGCCCGUCCCUUUCGUCCUACUUUGUAUCUUUCUAUCCAUUUUCUCUCUCUCUCUUCUCUACAUAUACAACUCAUGUAUAUUCAUAUGUUCAUAGCCAUCGCUAGUGAACUAAACCUCACAGCUAGAACCAACUUCCAACU